AUGGCCAGUCCCGUGCAGAAACGGCAUCCCGACAACCCCGUCGUGUUCUUCGACAUCACGCUCGGAGGCGAGCCCCUCGGCCGCAUUAAGAUGGAGCUAUUCAAAGAUGUAGUCCCGCGCACUGCUGAGAACUUCCGCCAGUUCUGCACUGGCGAGACCAAGAACCAGCAUGGUCGCCCCCAGGGCUACAAGGGCUGCAAGUUCCACCGCGUGAUCAAGGAAUUCAUGAUCCAGGGCGGUGAUUUCCUCAACGGUGACGGCACUGGAUCGACGUGCAUCUACGGCACCCGUGCGUUUGCCGACGAGAAUUUCUCGCUGAAGCAUGAUCGCGAAGGCCUGCUGAGCAUGGCGAACUCUGGGCCCGAUACCAACGGCUGCCAGUUCUUCAUCACCACGGUGCCCACGCCGUUCUUGAACAACAAGCACGUCGUCUUUGGGCAGGUGGUCGAGGGCAUGGACGUGGCCAAAAAGAUUGAGAACACGCGCACGCAGCGGGAGAAGCCGACGCAGGACGUAGUGAUUGCGCAAUGCGGAGAGAUGUAA